AUCUAACCUAGUGAUAUCUGAAAUCAGACAAGUCGGCCUCCGAUCUAUACUAAUAUAUUAUUAAUGUUUCAAAAUAAGUCCGGAUGUUACACCCCCCUUCUUAUAAUAAAAAUUCCGAAAUACUUUAGUUUUGAGGGAUUUGUCUGGUUUCGAUUUGUGCUUGUAAUUCGCGAUAAGAGUAUACGGACGGUAUAGUGGUUGUUGUUGUGUGUUUUGUUGAUUCGGUGGUUCGUUUAAUAAUGCUGCUUCGGCUGUUGGUGAUGUUUCUUCUUUUCGUUUUCUUUUGGUAUUGUUUGCUAAAUGCAAGAUGUCUUUUUCAGUUGGGUUUUGGUCUACAUGAGAUUUUCCCGCGUAAAUAAUAGCAGUCGCCGGCAUCGUUUUCGAAAUACUUAACAAAUUUGUUGGAAUUUAUUGUAUAAGAAUUCUCGUGUAAUAAAUAUUGUAUUAUAAUUAAAUCGUCAAAAUGGACACGGAGAUUGAUCAGAAUUUAGAACAAAUAACGCGCGAAUAUGUAGACUUCUUGGAUGAUAUGGAGGAUCAAGGCAUAUAUGCCACGAUGGUGAAGAAUAUGAUUCAGGAAAAUAAGUACAGAUUAGUUGUAAAUAUCAAUGACUUAAGAAAAAAGAAUCCUGCGCGCACAAUCGGUUUAUUAAAUAAUUCCUUCGAGGAGCAACUUGCGUUUCAAAAUGCCUUGAAACAAUAUAUCUCCAGUGUGGAUAUAGAUUAUGCUAAGGGCAACAAAGAUUUCUUUGUAGCAUUUGAAGGAAGUUUUGGAAACAAACAUGUUACCCCGAGAACGCUUACCUCUCGUUUUCUGGGUAACUUGGUAUGUGUAGAAGGUAUUGUCACAAAAUGUUCGUUGGUACGACCUAAAGUUGUGAGAAGCGUUCACUACUGUGAGACGACGAAAACAGUCCUCGAGAGAGCCUAUUCGGACUUAACUUCGUUGGACGCUUUUCCUCACUCAGCUAUAUAUCCAACUACCGAUGAAGAUGGCAAUGCGCUCGAAACAGAAUUUGGUUUAUCGACUUACAAGGACCAUCAGACGCUCACUAUACAAGAAAUGCCGGAGAAAGCUCCGGCCGGACAGUUGCCGCGGAGCGUGGACGUGAUCUGCGACAACGAUUUGGUAGACUUGUGCAAGCCUGGAGAUCGAGUGCAGGUUGUUGGGAAUUACCGGUGUCUCCCAGGCAAGCAGGGAGGAUACACGACUGGCACCUUCAGGACUGUUCUGAUCGCUAACAAUGUGAUGCAACUGAGUAAGGAAGCCAAUCUCGCGAUUUCUCACGAUGACGUAGCUAUGUGCAAGAAAUUGGCCAAGCACAACCCCUGCAAGAAUAUCUUCGAGCUGCUCGCCAAGUCCCUCGCGCCGUCCAUACAUGGCAAUGAGUAUAUAAAGAAAGCAAUUCUGUGCUUGCUCUUGGGCGGAGUGGAAAAGAUCCUGCCAAAUGGUACGAGGCUAAGAGGAGACGUAAAUGUGCUGCUCAUCGGGGAUCCAUCGGUGGCCAAGUCUCAAUUACUGCGUUAUGUACUGUGCACGGCUCCACGAGCGAUACCGACAACCGGAAGGGGAUCUUCGGGCGUGGGUCUGACCGCGGCAGUUACCGUCGACCAAGAGACAGGCGAGCGCAGACUGGAAGCAGGUGCGAUGGUCAUCGCGGACAGGGGUGUUAUUUGUAUCGAUGAAUUCGACAAGAUGUCGGAUAUUGAUAGAACGGCGAUACACGAGGUAAUGGAGCAGGGUAGAAUCACGAUCGCCAAGGCGGGCAUUCACGCCAGUCUGAACGCGCGCUGUUCGGUGCUGGCAGCCGCGAAUCCCGUAUACGGAAGAUACGACCAGUACAAAACUCCCAUGGAGAAUAUCGGGCUGCAGGAUUCUCUGCUGUCGCGUUUUGAUCUUCUUUUCGUCAUGUUAGACGUGAUCGAUUCUGAUCAGGAUCACGUGAUCAGCGACCAUGUCGUCAGGAUGCACCGAUACAGGAGUCCCUUGGAGCAGGACGGUGAAGCCUUGAGCUUAGGCUCGAAAUUGGACAUGUUGACUACGAAGAAUCCGGAUGACGUGGUGACUGAGGAGACGCAAUCGCAAGUUUACCAGAAGUACGACCCGCUGCUGCACGGGCAGACACGUUCCAAAAAUGAUCAGAUCCUCAGCAUAAACUUCAUGAGAAAGUACAUUCACAUCGCUCGGUGCAUGAAGCCUAAGCUCACGGAAGAAGCCAGCGCCGUUAUCGCGGAGGAAUAUUCGAAACUUCGUUCGGAAGAUGUAGUAGAGUCGGACGUUGCAAGAACUCAGCCGGUGACAGCGAGAACCCUGGAAACGCUGAUUCGACUGGCAACUGCGCAUGCAAAGGCACGUCUGUCGAAGAACGUGGAGAGCGAGGAUGCGCGAGCAGCGAUCGAAAUGGUGCAAUUCGCGUACUUCAAACGCGUGCUGGAGAAGGACAGGAGAAAACGAAGACGUCGCGACAGCGACGUGUCGGAGAACGAGGAUGACGUGAGCGACGGAAGACAGGUGAAACGUAUCAAGAAGACGACGCAAGACUCUGGCGAGGUCGAUCCGUAUGAGUACGACAGCGACGACGCGCACGUAGAGGAGGUCACGAGGAGAGUGACCAGGGCGCGAUCACAGAAAACUACGGAGGAGCCAGCGAGUAGCACUACCGAGAGUGCGGGAACAUCCGUCCCGGAAGCGGAAACAGCGACAGAAACGGCUACGCCAGCGAUCUUGCAAGAGAGACUCACCAUCUUCAAGUCGUCGCUUCACAAUUUGUUCCAAGAGCGAAGGGCCCAGACGAUACCUCUGACAGAAGUCACCAAUUAUCUGAACACGACGCGUUCAUUGAACUUCACGUCCGACGAGAUCACCGCCGCCAUCAACGUCAUGACGAACGACAAUCAGAUUAUGGCCGCCGACGACAACAUCUUCCUGAUAUGAAAAGAGGCUCUCUUUGUAUCUCUCUCUUUUAUUAUAAUAUUUUUUUAUAUUCUAGAGUAACGAAAUGAAGAGAUGCCAUUAAUUUAUUAAUUAAGUCGACGGUAGAUAAUGCGAUAACGGCGACCGUGUACACCAAUUUCUCUUUAUACAUAUUCUCGUAUUUUUAUACUAAUGAUUGAGAAACAACGAAUUAUACGUUUUAUACGAAUAAUGAGAUGUCUAACAAUAUUUAUUUAUCCUAUACUUGAUAUAAGGACAUUGGCACAUAAACUAGCAACAAUCAUCAACAUUCAAUACAGUGAUGCAAACAUAACACGGUUCACAAGGCUCUAAGUUUUUCCCACUGCAAAAUGUACAACGUAUCGGUCCAUUGUGCGUGUGCGUACGUACUAUUUGCGCUAACAUCGAUCACGUUCCACUAAAGGCUUAUCUUAACAAUAUAUACACUAAAAAUAAAACUAAAGACAAACGAAUAUUUUUCUUUUAUAUAUAUAUAUUUACGUUUAGAUAUUUCUUC